AUGACCGCGCUUUCCAUUUUCCAUUCAAGACCAACCGUUGCCUUUCUUCUUGCUCAAAACACCAUUGACAAAUAGGAUACUAACUCACCAACUCUCAAUUUACCCUCCAAUUCAAUGGCUAUAUACUCUCAGGCCCACAUUUGCCAGUGCUUGACUCGCUUAUCGACUCUCCGUCGAAAUUCCGUCAUCACAAUCACCGCCAAACGACAAAAGACCGGAGACCAGUUUGUUACAGACGUCUUGAGUCUGGCUCGUGGACUUCUUGAACUUGGCCUCAGGAGCGGCGACAUUGUCGCAAUCUGUGCCUUUAACAGUGAUUGUUAUUUGGAGUGGUUAUUGGCGGUGGCCUACGUGGGCGGCAUAGUGGCUCUUUUGAAUUAUCGAUGGAGCUUUGAAGAGGCAAAAUCAGCAAUGUUGAGUGUGGAGCCAGUGAUGCUGGUGAGCGAUGAGAGUUGUAAUUUCUGGAAUUUAGAGCUCUAUAGUGAUACUAUACCUUCAUUAAGGUGGCGUGUCGUUUUGGGUUCCUCUUCUUUUGAUUUGACUGAAGCAUCAAAUAUCUUAACUGCUGAAACGCUUAGUAUGCACAGCGUAAGAUCUCUACCAUUGAAUUAUUCUUGGGCACCGGAGGGCGCUGUCAUGAUAUGCUUCACUUCAGGAACGACUGGAAGACCAAAAGGAGUUGUCAUAAGCCACUCAGCUUUGAUAGUACAAUCCUUAGCAAAAGUUGCCAUUGUUGGUUACUGUGAGGAUGAUGUUUAUUUGCACAUUUCUCCACUGUGCCAUAUUGGUGGAUUGUCAUCUGCAAUAGCUAUGCUAAUGAUUGGAGCUUGCCAUAUCUUGAUACCCAAGUUUGAAGCUGCAUUAGCUAUAGAAGUCAUAGAGAAAUACUGUGUGACUUCUCUAAUCACUGUCCCCGCAAUAAUGGGUGAUUUGAUUUCCUUCACCAGGGGAAAGGAAAUUUGGCAAGGUAGUCAAACUGUGAAGAAAAUAUUAAAUGGAGGUGGGAGUCUGUCGGUUGGGCUGAUAAAAGAUGCUAUCAAAUUCUUCCCAAGGGCAAAGCUUCUUUCAGCUUAUGGAAUGACUGAGAGCUGCUCUUCUCUAACCUUCAUGACGCACUACGAUCCAAGAAUUAAAAUCCCUGGUCAGACAUAUAGUAAAAGGAAAUCUAAUUCUGUUAACCAACUGCAAGGCGUAUGUGUUGGCAAACCUGCACCACAUGUGGAACUGAAAAUAUGUACUGAUGGCUCUUCUUCUCAAAUUGGGAGAAUUUUAACUAGAGGCCCACAUGUAAUGCUUAGAUAUUACAAUCAAAAUCCGUCAAAUGCACUAAACUAUCCCAAUGAGGAUUGGCUUGACACAGGUGACAUUGGUUCCAUAGAUGACUCUGGUAAUUUAUGGCUCAUUGGACGGUCAAAUAAUCGUAUCAAGAGUGGCGGGGAGAAUGUUCACCCGGAAGAGGUGGAAGCAAUCUUGUUGCAACAUCCAGGAAUUGUUGCUGCCAUUGUUCUGGGAAUUCCAGAUUCUCGCCUGUCAGAGAUGGUUGUUGCUUGUAUUAAAUUAAGGCAAGGUUGGCGAUGGUUGGACAGCAAUUAUAGACCCCUUGAUGAAAAUGAACUACUCUUAUGCAGUGAGAUUCUCCAUAAGUACUGCAGAGAGAAGAACUUGUCCGGGUUUAAAGUACCAAAAAAAUUCAUCUUAUGGAGGAAGCCAUUUCCCCUCACAACUACUGGAAAGAUAAGAAGAGAUCAAAUUCGAAGAGAAGCAAUGUCCCAUCUUCAGUUCUUGUCCUGUAACCUUUAGUGCUGCACCAGCUAAAUAGCUAAUUUUAUCACCACAUUGGUGGGAACAA